AUGGCGGACGGCAGACCCCAUCGCCGGGCCUCGCAGCCGGGCUUGACCACCAACUACGAUGCCACCUCGCUCAGCCGCGAGUUUGAACAGUUGAUGCGCACCAAGCGAUUCAACCAGUUGCAGGAUACGUCUCGGUUGCGAGCCGACUCCCAGUCGCCCGCUCCUCCCGCCGGUCACUCGAUUCCGCCUCCCUCGCGAGCGCCGCCACCACCUCCCUCGCUUGGCACCGAAGCGCGCCCGGCCUCGCAACCACAACCAUCCAGCCCAGCCGUCCGCGGCUUGCCGAUUAUGCCCUCGCCUCCCCAUGAUACCGCCUCGCUCAAGUUUUACAAUUUGUUAAAGGGAUUGUCGGUAACGCCGACCAAGUACGAGAACCCGGGUCUCUUGGACGAGGCCCUGUGCACCAUUCCUCUCGAUCGCCUGUAUGCCGAGGCCGAGGAGGAGUCCCAGAUCAUGCAAGCCCAGGCCGCCAGCGUGGGAGGCAAGCCGGAAUGGGGUUAUCAGGAUUGUGUGAUUCGGGCAUUGUUGAGGUGGUUCAAGCGAUCUUUCUUCCAAUUCGUCAACAACCCCCCAUGUUCCCAGUGCCGCAUGCCCACCAUCGCACAGGGCAUGACGCCUCCCAGCCCCGACGAGACCGCCCGUGGCGCCACCCGAGUCGAGCUGUACCGAUGCUCCGAGCCGAGUUGCGGAGCCUAUGAACGAUUCCCCCGGUACUCCGAUGUAUGGCAAUUGCUGCAGUCCCGGCGUGGCCGUGUUGGCGAAUGGGCCAAUUGUUUCAGCAUGCUUUGUCGGGCGGUCGGUGCCCGCGUCCGUUGGGUAUGGAACUCCGAGGACUAUGUCUGGACCGAGGUGUACUCGGAACACCAACGUCGCUGGGUACACGUGGAUGCGUGCGAGGAGGCCUGGGACCAGCCUCGUCUGUACACCGAAGGAUGGCGCCGCAAGAUCUCGUACUGCGUCGCCUUCUCCAUCGACGGCGCGACCGAUGUGACCCGCCGCUACGUUCGCAACUUCUCCAAGCACGGCAGUCCUCGCAACCGCACCUCCGAGGAGGUCGUUCUCUGGUCGAUCCAUGAGAUUCGCCGAAAGCGCCGCGAAAACAUGUCCAAGUCUGACCAGCGCCGCCUCAUUAAGGAAGACGAGCGUGAAGAGCGCGAGCUGCGCGGGUACACUGCCUCCGCCCUUGCUGCCGAGAUUCAAAACAUUCUGCCUCGCAGCCUCGUGGGCCGCCCCGAGGAGCAGAAGCACGCCGAUGCCCGCGAGGAAGCUGACUCCGGAUGGCAGAGAGCCGGAGGUCACGGAAACUCGGGUCCUGAUCAUCCACCACCGGGUGGACGAUAA